CUUUUUAUCAUUUUCUAUUAUAUUGUAAUUAAUUUUUUAAUUUAGCUCCGCUGAUCCUUUGUUUGAAAAGUUCAGAUGAGGGGUAAAGGCUUUGCCUCGUGUGCAUGCUUGCCGUUCGGUGUUGGAACUUCCCCGGAUUCCAGUUGCAAUAGGCUACCCGGUAACUGACCAGCUCCAACACCGUCAUCGAAUUCCCCCCGAAAGUCAGUCGCGGCAGUAAUUUUCAACAGACUACCUCUUCAAAGGACCAUUUUAAAAUUCUAUUUGUUAACGUUGCAUUUGUUUGAUUUCGUGGCAUUCGACUUGCCCGUGGCGGACUACUUCACGGAACGAACCCCGCACCCAACCCAACACAUUAUCAUUAUGAUUCUCUACGCCAAAACAGCGCCGCAGCGUGUGCCGAAGACGAGAUCAAAGGGAGCUUGUGCACCUUGCAAAGAAAAAAAGAAGAAAUGUGAUGAGUCGCGACCUACGUGCAGUCGCUGUGAGCAAACAAGUCAGCUGUGUGGAUAUGAAGCCAUCAAGCCGCGAAAGCGGCAUAAAAGGCCUCCUCUAAGCAGCGACAAACCCAUUGACACUGUUUUGAAAGAUUUCAGGACCUUGUGUGAUAUGGAAACUGCACAGACACAACUGUACAGUGUGGCUCCCGCUCUGCUGGCCACGCCUAACAAGGAACUCGUCCUUCCAAGCCACUCACAUAUUACGACGGACACAUCCAAGCGGUACUUAUUUGACCAUUUCCACAGGGUUAUUUGCCGCUUGAUCGUGAUACAAGAAUCGGACAGCGGCAAUGCGUUUCAGCGUCUGGUAGCUCCUCUAUGUCUACGCAGUGAGGCGGUGGCUAGCGCAAUCUAUGCUCUAGCGAGUGCGCAUCUUGAAUGGAAAGGCUCUCUCAAAGAAGAAAUGAGCAUCGUUUACCAUACCGAGGCAAUUAUGCAGCUCUCAAAGAUAGUCAAUCAGGGGACGAUGGCCAAUCAGAACGAGCUCCUAGCAGCUGUCAUGCUCCUGGUAUAUCACGAAGCGCUCGUGCAAAAAAGGCGUUCUAGUGUUGUCCAAGACCAUCUGAAGGGAGCCGUGGCUAUCAUGCAGAGCAAUGGGGGAGUGUCGAGUCCUACAGGCGUCUUCUUAGAACGGGCUUUUCAGUUUUAUGACGCUAUUACAGCGCUCUCUAUGGGAGCGGCACCAUUGUUCGACACAAGCCUUGGUCAAUCUGGCUCCGCUGACGAAAGGUUGCCUCAUGUAGGUGACGCACCGGCGUCGGCUGUAGGUAAACCUGCUCCUAAAUUGGUUCCAAUCAAUACCGACGGCGUAUAUCAGCAUAAUGAUAGCGCAGAUGUCUUGCUGGGGUUUGCCACUUCUCUGUGGCCUACUAUUUACAGGCUCUGCCGCAUGCACCAAAUGAGCACAGCCCUGCAAGGAAGCGCAACAAUUGAUCCCGGCGACGACGAUUUUCAGGCCCUAGAGGCAGAACUUUUGCAUACCGGGUUUGAGGUGGAAACGGAGCUGGAGGCCUGGAGACCGCCAAUUCCCAAAGAUGACGGCAACGCAUCGGGCACGAAGGGGCUGCGUUAUACUAGCAGCGCCGUACACACAGCUAGUGCGUACCGCCACUCAGCGCUAGUCUAUCUCUACAGGAACGUGUACAAAGAAGAUUCGAGACAUAAUACGGUACAGGAGAACGUGAGGGCAUCAAUGGCGCACUGUACAGCUACAACUGGAGGCGAAGGGCCGAUGGGCGCUUUGCUGUGGCCGCUGUUUGUGGCCAGCCUUGAGGCACAAAAAGGCAGCCAGGAACGGGUUGAUGCAGCCACGGCAUUUGCUAAUCUUGGCAGGCGACAGGGCAUGGCCAAUAUCGGGCGUGCAUGGGACGUGGUGCAGGAGGUCUGGCAUAGGGCAGAUUUGGCCGACAUGGGAGCGAGGAGCGAGCAGCCACUGGAGGGGUCUAGGGAGGAGGUGGUGCUUCAAUGGCAGCGAAUCAGCGAGAAGAUGGGAUUCACGCUGAUUCUAGGAUAGGCAUGCUGUAGGUUGUGUGUUAUGGGUAGGCUGCGUCUAGUUAGUCCUUGCGAUCCCUGUAAACAGCAAACAGCAGCGUGCCUUGACAGUGGUUGAGAAGGGAACGAAGCAACAUGGCGGGAACAUGUUUGAUAGCAUAUGCAGGUACAUUAGAUGUAGCUUUGUAGCGGAGUAAUUAGGAAAAUAAUAUGGAGUGUUCAGUUACAA